CGAGCAAAAUCAGCCCUUCCAUCUAUCUACCUCUUUUCUUUUCUUUUCCUCUCGCAUACGAUCCGCAGUCCGCAGACGAAAGAUCCAAAGCCAUGGCCGCCCUUCGCCGCCUCUCGUUGUCGUCUAUUCCACCCCUACGCAGGAUAGUAUCCCGCUCCUUCUCCUCCGCCUCCAAUGAUGACCAGACUUUGCUCACCAUCGAGACAUCGGUCCCCUUCACCGGUCACAAUAUCGAUCCCCCAUCCCGCUCCGUUGAGACCACUCCGAAGGAGCUCCUCACCUUCUUCCAUGACAUGUCAUUGAUGCGCCGGAUGGAGAUCGCUGCCGACUCACUCUACAAGGCGAAGCUCAUCCGCGGCUUCUGCCACCUCUACGAUGGUCAGGAGGCAGUCUCCAUCGGCAUGGAGGCUGCAAUCACCAAGAGAGACGCCAUUAUAACUGCAUACCGAGACCACUGCAUCUUCCUCGGCCGCGGUGGCACCCUUUUGGAAGCGUUCGCCGAGCUCAUGGGCCGCCGUGCUGGUUGCUCCAAGGGCAAGGGCGGAUCUAUGCACUUUUACAGGAAGGAGACUAACUUUUAUGGCGGACAUGGAAUCGUUGGAGCGCAGGUUCCGCUUGGAUGUGGGAUUGCUUUUGGGCAGAAGUAUUGUAAAGAUGAGACGGUAACGUUCACGAUGUAUGGCGAUGGAGCGGCCAACCAAGGGCAACUUUUUGAGGCUCUCAACAUGUCAGCGUUGUGGGAUUUGCCAGUGAUUUUGGUGUGCGAGAACAAUCACUAUGGAAUGGGUACGGCAGAAUGGAGAGCAGCGAAGAGUCCUGCCUAUUACAAGCGUGGGGAUUAUGUGCCUGGGUUGAAGGUUGAUGGUAUGGAUGUUCUUGCAGUGAAGCAAGCAUGCAAAUUUGCUAAAGAACACGUAUUGAAAAAUGGACCUAUGAUCCUUGAAAUGGAUACCUACAGAUACCAUGGUCACUCUAUGUCUGAUCCUGGAAGCACUUACCGCACGCGUGAUGAGAUUUCGGGUGUAAGACAGGAGCGUGAUCCAAUUGAAAGAGUUAGGAAAUUGAUCUUAUCCCAUGAACUUUCUACUGCUUCAGAGCUCAAGGAUAUCGAGAAGGAAGUCAGGAAAGAGGUAGAUGAUGCAAUUGCUCAGGCGAAGGAAACUCCCAUGCCUGAUCCGUCUGAGUUAUUUACUAAUGUGUAUGUUAAAGGUCUUGGUGUAGAGGCAUUUGGAGCAGAUAGAAAAGAGUUGAAGUCUGUUCUUCCUUGAACCAGGAUUUUGUAAGCAAGUAAAUUGUUUUCAAAUCUAAUUUCAAAUAAAUGUGGACGGCAAAAUUUCAGUGAACUAUAACUGUACGAUCGAUUCUUUUGUAAAAAGAUCUUAUGCAACUCUUGUUUAUUUUUUGCUCACAGUAAUAUUUUUGCUAUACUUCUGCAACAAUACCUCUUAAUUCCCCUGA